UACAAUGCUGUCACUUAUACGCUAGAUGAAUAUUGUUAAACAUACUGUAUAAAUAUUUAAAAUGCGUUCUUGAAAAUACACAUAUAAAUGAAAACAAGUAUGUAAUACAUUCUAGUAGACACUUAAAAGAAUUAGUUAACGUGUCUGCUAAAAAGCGCCUCUAAAUAUUUCGACCAAUAAGAGCUGUCGGAACAUAAGGUUUGGUUGGUCUUUAAAUAAAAACAUUCUCAACAUGUGCUGCAGUUGAAGCAUGUGUGACGGCUGCAGUGAUGUUACUGUAGCGUGCAGCUGCACAUUUAUUUAAUUUCACUUUAGCAUACAUCAUCAUCAUCAUCCAGUUAACAUGAUGCGAAGACCAUCGAAGCUUGAACCUAUAGACGAAUACCUUUCAUCACAUGGGCUAUAUCGUAAAAUAACUGCAAAAGAUGGAUCAUGUCUGUUUAGGGCAGUUGCAGAACAAGUAUUCUAUACCCAGGCACAGCAUAUGGAAGUUCGUUUGGCAUGUAUCAAUUUUAUGAUGAAAAAAAAGGAGCAUUAUGAACCUUUUAUUGAUUGUCCAUUUAAUGAAUACAUAUCACGCCUGACAAAUCCCUGGGAAUGGGGAGGUGAUGUUGAAAUAUCAGCUUUAUCACUACUUUAUGAACGUGAUUUUUUGAUAUAUGAAGAAAUAGGAAAAGCACCCGUAGAGGCAACAGAAAAUGGGUUCGCUAAGAAGAUUGUCUUAUGUUUCACCCAUGGCAACCACUAUGAUAGUGUAUUCACAAAGCAGUUUCAAGAUACUGCAGCAAUAUGUCAAGCUGUUGUGUAUGAACUGUUGUACAAAGAUGUAUUUAAGCUGCAUGACAAAGUUGAUGAAGCAAUUGAUAUUCUACGAUAUCCCAACCGCAUUCCAUUUCCAUGUGAGCAGGAAAACGAAGAGUCCAAUAGACAACAGGAACACGAGUAUGAAAGCUCAGGGGAAGUGUUCGAUAGAGGUUUUGAUAUGAAGAGAGAGAGCAAAAGACGUCCACCUUUUCCGUACAAAGUCAUCAAAUCACUGGACCCAGAAAUUUACAGAAAUGUGGAAUUUGAUACGUGGUCAGAUUUUAAAAAACAACAACAGCACCGUGAGUACCUGAUAUCUGCAGGCAUGCAGUAUGCUCUUGGUGACAAAUGCUUAGUUCAUUUAGAAGAUGCAUCUAAAUUUUACAAUGCUCAUAUUCAAGAAGUCUCCUCAGCAAAUGGACCUGUAACAGUUUUUAUUGAAGAAAUGGGUGAAAAGUGCACUGUACCAAUUAAAAAUCUCCGUCCCCUGAAUCAACCACCACAAUCCUACAAAUGUAUUUCUCCUAGAAGCUUCAAGAACCAAGGAGGCCAUAUUAGUCCUCAUCUUCGGAUCUUAAAGAGAGGGCGGUUCUUGAGUGAUAGUGUCUACGUUUUAGGUGAUGACCAAUCAGCGUACCAAGAUCAAGCUAUGAGAGAUGAAAAAUAUUCACCUUAUAAACAAGGAUCACAUAGAUACCUCUCUCCAUACAGAAUGCGUAGAGGUGUUCAUUAUAGUCGGCAAAGAACCUACAGUCAGGGAAGUGACACUGACGAGCAUGUCAUAGUGGAAAGUUCAAUGUAUGAUCUUGAGGAUGAAGGUGUACAGGGACCUUUCCCACCAAUGCCUGUUCAUGUUCAUCAGAGUGGACCAGUGGAGGGGAAAUCUGGAGGAUGCUGGGGUAAACUACGCAGAAGAGGUCGAACCUCUCCCUCUCUAAACCAUCCUAGGAAUCUGGUUCAUGAUCACUAUGCUGACCAGUUUGUCCAAGGCUGUGACAUGCAGGUCGAUGAUGAAAUGUAUGAAGAACAAGUUAUUGAUGACGGUCAACGUACCCAGCCGCACAGAAGGAAGACACCGUCACCAGCUCAAGAUAUGCCACAGGGUAACAUACAAGAGGGGCACUUUGUGUGCACAGAUCCAAGCUGGAGUGAUUCAAAUUCGAGCAUAAUGGAAGACAAAAUGCCGAAGCCUCUUAACAACAAUGCAACACAACCAAACAUGAUGCCAGUCAACAGUCAGCCCUCAAUGUCUGUUGGGAUUCCAUUUUGUCCUAUUAUGUUGCCAGGU